AUGGAAUUGGAAACAGAAGACACUCCAGCGUUCAUAUCAGAUUCCACUGAUUAUGAUAUUUUUCUGCAUCCCAUCAUUUCUUUACAAACGAAUUCAGGGAAACCAUCUCUUCUGUUACAUACUAAUGAAAUAGAAGAAAUCCCUGGUGGGUGACUUUAUAGGCAUUACACAAAUCGACAUUUAAUUCUCCUAAGGUCACUUCAUAUUGCUGGCUAUGGCCUUGAACUUGGUUGUUUUAUAGCAGGCGAAUGUCUGGUUAAAUUUGAAAUUGAAUACGAUAACUUUACGCCUUUUGCAGUUGACCCGAUCUUUGUUACAUUUUUGUGAGGUUUAAUUCUCCUGCUUGGUGCUCUUUUAAUACCUGUUUUAUUUAGAAAAACAAAUAAUGCAAUUUCGAUUAUUUCAGACCAACUAAAAUAUUAUCAUUUCCCUGUGUAUAUUUUAAUUGCGAUCUUUUUACUAUCAAAAAAUGUCUUCAAGACAAAAUUUUCUUUUAUUUUCAAUGAUUUGACUCUAAUUAUCAUCUCAGGACUCUCAUUUUAUAUAUAUUCAAGGGUAAAAUAUGAAGAUGACGGAAGAUAUGUAGUCACUUGGCUUGAAUAUUUAGGCAUUCAAGUCCAAUUUUCAGUAAUUGUAGCAUGAAUGCUUGUGGAAUUGUCUAUAAGCACAAUGCUAACCAUUUCUUCAAUAGAUGGCCAAUCUACUAAAGACUACAAAUUUGUAGGGUGGCCACAUGAAAAUUGGACUAUUUUACUUAUGUCAAUUUGCUUUACUAUUAGUGUGAUUGUCCUAAAUACUUAUAAAGAUAUAUUUUUCCCUGCAGUUUUAAGUUAUACCUUUUUAGGCAUUUAUUCUUGACAAAGGAGAAAAAUUUGCCUUGAAGACGACGAUAACUGCAGCGAAAGUGUGACAGUCACCGCGUUUGUUUUUGGUGGACUUUUACUGGUAUUUAUCAUUAUUACAAUUUUGUAUUACCCGAAGUUGAUAUUAUACAGAGUUCGAGUAAGGACAUAA